AUGUACAAUGCUUAUUCUAUGCCUCAACCCGUCUAUCGUCAUUGCCAGACACGAAUCAUCAUCGCUUGGGCACAAGGUGGUCAGCUAGAGUACAACUAUCCUCCUUCAACAGGCUUAAAACUUACUCCAUAUACACAACUUCUACUCGAAGUUCACUUCGAAUCAUUCAUUUCUCUAGAUCAUCCAGUAGGACUUCGUCUUCGAUUCUUUCCUCUUCAGAAACCACCUCCAUACGAAAUCGGAGUUCUAACGUUAGGUACUCUAGCUAAAUCACCAUUGUUUUUACCUCCUAAUCUAGACACUAUACGUUUUCCGACCUACUGUUCUAAUGACUGUUUGAAAUCUUUUCUUGGCUAUCAUCGAACAAUCAAUGUCUUUUCGAUUCUCGUUCAUGCACAUCGACGUGCAAUUCGCAUCGUUCUUGAGGAUGAGAAUCGACAUCAAAUUAUCGAUCGAAAUCCGUUCGAAUUCCAUCGACAAGAAACUGUCUUUUUCGCUCAACCUUAUCUACGAAUCAAUUCCACGAAUGAACUGUCUCUUCUGUGUUAUUACUCGACAAAGAACGACACUCAUCAAGGUAUCUAUGGCGGCCAUGAUUCGAACGAUGAAAUGUGUCAAGCAUUUCUUUACUAUUACCCCAAAAUCGAAUCGUUUCCACUAUGUCUCUCCGUACCUAUCUACAAAAACAAACAUCUACUUAACAACGAUCAAAACUGGACUGUUAAACAAAGUUUAGCUAUGAAAUUCGAAUUAGAAUCGAAUGUCGAUCAUCUCGUUUUAUCGACGAACACCUGA